UCAAGCGGAACGAGUGACUCCUCCUCAGGGCUCUCUCAAGCCCCCUAUCCUUGCUGUCUUGAAACCUAGAAGUCAGUCAAGCUCUUCGAGGAAUUCCGGACUGUUGCCUGAGAAUUCGCUUUCACAGCGAUUGUCUGGCAUAUAACGCGCGGUUAUUAAAUGUCGGGGUAAUUAAUGAUCCCGUGUGCAGAGAACCCCGUGGGAGGCCGAGGGGCCGGGACCGAAAAUGGUCACAAUUUGGGUUUGCAGCAAAAAUGCUUUCAGAACAGACCGCAGUCCUGGGGACAGGAUGGGAGUCAAUGAAUGUCCAGCUGGAUGGAGCAGAGCCUCAGGUGGAAAGGGGAAGCCAAGAAGAGGGGCCAUGGAGAACAGCACCAGGGCCACUGGAACACCUAUGCUGUGACCUUGAAGAGGAGCCACAGUCCCUUCAGGAGAAGGCUCAGUCAGCUCCCUGGGUUCCUGCCAUUCCCCAGGAGGGGAGCACCGGAGAUUGGGAGAUGGCAGCUGCACUUCUUGCGGCAGGAUCACAGGGCCUGGUAACCAUCAAGGAUGUGUCAUUGUGCUUCUCUCAGGAGGAGUGGCGGAGCCUGGACCCUUCUCAGACAGACUUUUAUGGAGAAUAUGUCAUGCAGGAAAACUGUGGGAUAGUGGUCUCUCUAAGAUUUCCAAUUCCCAAACUGGACAUGCUUUCUCAACUGGAAGGAGGGGAAGAACAAUGGGUUCCUGACCCUCAGGACUUGGAGGAGAGGGACAUCCUGAGGGUCACAUACACAGGAGAUGGAAGUGAGCACGAGGGUGAUACCCCUGAACUAGAAGCAGAACCUCCCCGAAUGUUAUCUAGUGUGUCUGAAGAUACUGUUCUCUGGAACCCAGAACAGGAUGAGAGCUGGGAUUCCAUGCCCAGGGGCUCCAGAGGAAUGCUCCUGGGCCCACCUUUUCUUCAGGAAGAUAGCUUCUCAAACCUUCUAUGUAGCACAGAGAUGGAUUCCCUGUUAAGACCACACACAUGCCCCCAAUGUGGGAAACAGUUUGUGUGGGGCUCCCACCUUGCCAGGCACCAGCAAACACACACUGGGGAGCGGCCCUACAGCUGCCUCAAGUGUGAAAAGAGCUUCGGGCGAAGACACCACCUGAUCCGGCACCAGAAAACCCACCUACAUGACAAGCCCAGCAGGUGCUCAGAGUGUGGCAAGAAUUUCCGAUGCAACUCCCAUCUGGCCAGCCACCAGAGAGUGCAUGCGGAAGGCAAAUCCUGCAAGGGCCAAGAGGUUGGAGAGAGCCCAGGGGCUAGGAAACGGCAGCGUGCCCCACCAGUGCCAAAAUGCCAUGUGUGCACUGAGUGUGGGAAGAGUUUUGGCCGACGGCACCACCUGGUGAGACACUGGCUGACCCAUACUGGGGAGAAGCCCUUCCAGUGCCCUCGCUGUGAAAAGAGCUUUGGCCGUAAACAUCACCUGGACAGACACCUGCUGACCCACCAGGGACAAAGUCCCCGGAGCAGCUGGGACAGAGGGACAGCUGUCUUUUGAAAUCUGUUUCUGCUGCAGCUGUGGUCACAUCUAUCAGCAGCUGGUGCUACCAGGAGUCUCUGCCAGAACUGCCCCUCUCCUGCACCCCAGUGGCCAGAAUCAUGAGCCCUGGCUCCAUCCCUCGAAAGAUGAGGUUCUAACAUUGGCCAGACAUUUCUCACCAGUUCUGUGAGAUACCACAUAAAAUGGAGUUCUUUGGGCAAAACUUUUAGGAAACAAUGCUUACUGCAUGGGCUGAUAUUCAGCCCUAGCCCAUUCUCAAGGGUACCACUUGAGAAUCAGCAGUUUAUGGCUGAGGUCCAUUCUAAGUGGUUGGAGUCUAUGCCAUGCCAGUUAAAUAUUUGAGUAACACCUUUGUAUACUGUAACUAUUAUAUCCUCUCUGUAUAUAGAGAGAAAGACCAUAUUAGCAUGUUGAAGGCUCUGAGAACUUAUUCAUACAGAGAAUUGUUAAGCCUCUUUUAAUGCAGUGUUUCCUAAAUGGAUUUGACCUCUGUCCUUUCUAUUUCACAUCCCACAGAACUGGUGACUCCAUGAAACACACUGGUGAACACUGGGUUAGAGAGUAAUGAGCAAACAGGAAAGAGAUAGUGAUCAGGCACCAGAGUCCUUUUUUUUAUUCAAAUGAAAGCUGAGGGGCAGACCUCAUUCCUGUGUGGGUCCAUCACCCUUUCCCUGAUCAUCCAAAUAUACAUCCACACCUCUUACCCCCACCUGUUGAAAAAUAGAAACAAGAACCUUUUCACCCUUAUUCCAACUCCCUUCAUCUUCCUCAUACACAUGUUCAGAUGAGCGAUCACGCUACAAUGCUAAGAGAUGGACUUAUACCCCACCAAGGGACCCAGGCCCACACAGAAGAAAAAAAUCUUUAUCCCCGUGAACAGACCCCUCUCCUCUUGACUGUGUCUUUUUGUGUCUAUGUGUAUCUGUGUGCAGGGUCUUUGAAGAGAGCAUGCAAAGUGCAAACUGUACAAGCUAGAUUUUCUAGGGACUGUUUUCUGGGGAUGAGGGUAGUAGGGAUUGUAUGGGAUUUUUUGUUUUGUUUCAAGAUAGGAAGUAAGCUGAGCGAUUAAGGGAGCCCUGGUGGAAAGGGUUAAGUGACGGGUUAAGCUGUGAGAGUUGAGGUGUAAAGCCUUCCUCGGUAUUACUGAGAUCAAGACAACUGUGGAUAAUAUAUGUCUAGGUCUAAAUCUCUGGGCCACAGAUUCUUUUUGCCUGGGAGAAGAGAGAAAGACACAUCCUCAGUGAGGUGAGCUGUUUCUUGUCGAUUUCAAGUAAGGUACAUAUAGAAGCUUUGUGCUGAGUGCUUUCUUUGUCUUGUUUUAGUGCUGGGAAAUUAGGACAGGAAUCGCAGUGCUUGCAGGUUGUUGUCAUCUCUCUUAUUUGACCUUGAUUGCCUUAUCAAGGAGACAGUUUUUCUUGAGGAUCUCAUUCUCCCAGAAACAGAAUUUUAGGGGAAAUGGCUAUGGUUUAGCUUUUCAGCUGAUGGGGGGCGGGGGGGGGUGUGCAUUGGGUUUACUUCCCAAUUCUGGGAAGGUAGCCACACUAAGACUCUUUUAACUCCAGGACUUGCAUAAGUAUUCUAGCAUCUGUUGGUUGAUGAGUUGGUCAUUGUUUUGCUUUAUUGAUAAUGUGUUAAUACCAAUCUUAUAAUUUAAAAAUUAUCUUGUAUGUAAGAGCAGUUUGGGGUUAGGGAGAGAGGAGCAAAGCAGAUGAAAGUGGGAUAAUUUCUCUUUAAUGCUUAGAUUCUGGUUUUUCCUUAACACACUUAUUUCUCGACCACAAUUGGUGGAAUUAACCAGAGAGGCAAGAGGAAGUAAGCUGCAACAAUCUAGUUUAGUGAUUGUCGCAUUUGCUUAGGAAAAACUGGGUGAAUCACAGCUCCUUAGAAUUCUGGACCCAAAUGGAGCUGAAAAUAGGGUCAUUUUGUUGACUGGGCUUCUUAGAGUGGAUAUGACUUGAGCAACCCAGCCCCCACCUCCGUUCUGCCACUCAGAGCAGCCUUCCUUCUUUGCCUGGAAUGCACUUCUCUUGCUUACGUUCCUACAAAUAGAGCAAAAUGGCCAGCCUUUUGUAAGGUCCUCAGAGACAGGAGCAUUUUAGGAUUAGAGAUACCCCAGGGUAUAAGAGAGUAUUGGAUUCCAGUGGUAAAACUGGACUGUGCCAUUUCUUUUACCCUCUCACUAUGCCUCAUUCAUUAAUGCAGAUCAGCUCUAUGUAAGCAAUGGUUCAGAACCUGUUUUAGGUCACAGACCCUUAUGAGACUCUGAUAAAAACCAGAAACACCCUUUUGAGAAAAACAGACAUUAGCAGUUCACUUAGUUUUAUAUACACAUUUAGCAGGUUCAGAGCCUAUCCAUGGAAUAACUAAACUGGGGUCAUUGGGAGUUACCCUGACCCAAUAUGAUCAUUUAUAUAUUUGUGUCAAAAGUUACAAGGCAAGGAUCACUAAAUAUUUUAAGGACUAAGAUAUCAGAGGCAGUAGGGUAUAAAGACAGAGUCUAGUCUUUAAUGACUAGAAGAGUAUUGCUGAUAUUCUACUCUAUUUUUUUUUUAAAGAUGACAAGCUGACAAAUGGAGCUCCUCACAAACCUUAUUUUAAAGACUUGUGGGAAGUGACUCUCUGUACUAUCAGAUCACACAUCUUAAUAACCAAAUGUUAACCUCCAGCAGUUGAUCUGUUUUAGUAAUUGUAAGGAUAGCAAGUAAAGCCCCCAAAGUGUGGGUGCAGUCAUAGCACCCAAAUGAAAGGCAUGAUGGAGUCUAAAAGCUUUCUGCAGAAAGGACAUCCCUUUAGGUCAUUUCUGGUAUACCACUGUCUUCUCUACCUCGGUCCAAUACCACUUCCCUUGGACGAAAAAAUAAAAUAAGCAGCAGCCAUCAGAUGGGUGAAUAGAUUUGAAUGAUUUUUCCCACAGGGAAUCUCCCAUCUUUCUCCUAACUGGCUUUGCCACAUGUCCACCCUACCCCCUUUAAAUAAAAAAAAAACCUGUC